AAAAAGAAAAAACGUUAAAAAAAAGCAAAUGUGUAGUUGAUGGUGAAUUGAAUGUAUUUUUAUUAUUCGUCGACUAUUGAAUAAAUUACCCUCCGCAAUUUAUAUUCAAGAUCUUUAUCGGAUCUAGAAAUUUCUUUUACUUUCAAAAUUAUUUUGAAAUGUCGUUCUUCCUGAAACAGUUCAGCCGCAGGGUGCUUGCACCGGCUUUAACAGCAGUUAAACAAGCAAACUUUUCUACUUCAACUGCAGCAUUUGCGCCAAGAGUGCAGAAGCCCGCCCCCCAUUUUGAAGCAACAGCCGUUGUAAACGGAGAAUUCAACACAUUGAAGCUGUCUGAUUUUUCAGGGAAAUAUGUUGUGCUGCUAUUUUAUCCCCUUGAUUUUACCUUUGUCUGUCCAACGGAGCUAAUAGCAUUCAGUGACCGUUCAAAAGAAUUUGAAAAUAUCGGCUGUCAAGUGAUUGGUGUAUCCACAGACUCUGAAUUCAGUCAUCUAGCAUGGAUCAACACUCCAAGAAAGGAUGGAGGUCUAGGUAAAUUAGAAAUUCCACUGUUAGCCGAUUAUAAAAAACAAAUAUCUCAAGAUUAUGAAGUGCUCCUUGAUGAUGGAUUUGCUCUCAGAGGUAUGUUUGUCAUCGACAAAAAUGGCAUCUUGAGACAUAUGUCGGUCAAUGAUUUGCCAGUUGGCCGAUCCGUUGCUGAAGCCUUGAGGCUGGUCAAAGCUUUUAUGUUUGCUGAUAAACAUGGUGAAGUAUGCCCAGCCAAUUGGAACCCGGACACCAAUGCUGAUACAAUAAAACCAAAUCCCAAGGAGAGCAAGGAGUACUUCCAGAAGACAAAUUAAAGUGAGAACCAGCAAAUACUUCCUUACACUUCUACUAGAUGGAGUUAAUAUCGUUGUUGUGAUAAAUCGAAUAAAAGGACUCUUAUUUAAUAGCGAAGCAGCCGAAAGGAAUUGUGAACUCGAUCUAUGUGGAAAAGUUACGGUCACAGAAUUUAUAAAGGGACGGCAUUUAUUUUAAGUAUAAACACGUGUAUUAAUUUAUUGAGGAUUAUUGUCGCUUGUUUAUUUGCACGUAAUCACACAG